AUGUGCUCGCUGGCUCUCUCUGGCUCUCUGGCUUUCUGGCUCUCUGCCUCUGCCCCUGUCUCUGUCUCUGUCUCUCUGCCUCUGUCUCUCUGUCUCUCUCUGUCUCUCUCUGUCUAUCUGUCUCUCUCUCUCUCUCUCCUCUCUCUGUCUCUCUGUCUCUCUCUCUCUCUCUGUCUCUCUCUCUGUGUGUGUGUGUGGAUCGUCGUUCAUUGGUCAGCCCUGUCGUGGGUGCAUGAGGCUUGUCUUUGUCCUUGCGCCUCGACCGCUAUCAUGGAAGCCGUUCUCGAGCUCCUGGGCUUCCAAAAGGAUGUGUUUGGUGAAGUCCGCCGCAUGAACAAACGCCAGCUGGCACAUCAAGUGCUCAACUUUGCCAUGAUCGUCUUUUCUGCCCUCAUGAUCUGGAAGGGUCUGAUGGUGGUGACGGGCAGCGAGAGCCCCAUUGUCGUUGUUCUCAGUGGAAGCAUGGAACCCGCCUUUCAGCGUGGCGAUUUACUCUUUCUGACCUACAAUCGCACUGAUCCGAUUCGUGUUGGCGAGAUUGUCGUCUUCAAGGUUGAGGGCAGAGAUAUUCCCAUUGUUCAUCGCGUGCUCAAGCUACAUGAAGAGUGUGUCGAUCUAUCCUUGGUUUCCAGAGCUGUCCAACCAACGAUGAUUUUCCCAUACCCCCUUCUUACCUUUGCUUUUGCUUCUGCUUCUGCCUCUGCUUCCUACUGCCCAUCUCUUAGCAAGCAAGGCAACAUCAAGUUUUUGACCAAGGGUGAUAACAAUCGUGUUGAUGACCGGGGACUGUACGCACAGGGCCAGCUCUGGCUCAAACCCAAGGACGUGGUUGGCCGAGCACGAGGAUUCAUCCCUUACGUGGGCAUUGUCACCAUUCUUAUGAACGACUAUCCCGCCUUAAAGUUUAUACUGCUAGCCACCUUGGGUGCGUAUGUGCUACUGCACAAGGAGUAG